CGCUCCCCUCCUGCUCUAUAAAAGCUGCAUGGAUGCCUUGACGGGUCUCUUUCCAAACUCAGAGGAACGGUGGAAGUGAGGAAAGUGUGACUCUGCAAAAUCAUGGCACCAGCUGGAGCGAAGAAGAACCUUCUGGAGCGCUUGGAUGCGGGAGAGGUCGUUGUCGGAGACGGAGGCUUCGUCUUCGCCCUGGAGAAGAGGGGCUAUGUCAAAGCAGGACCCUGGACACCCGAGGCAGCUGCAGAAUACCCCGAAGCAGUGCGACAGCUGCACAGGGAGUUCCUGAGGGCUGGCGCAAAUGUCAUGCAGACAUUCACUUUCUAUGCAAGCGACGACAAACUGGAGAACAGAGGCAACACUCAGCGCUUCACUGGGCAGCAGAUAAACGAGGCCGCUUGUGACCUGGCCAGGGAGGUGGCCAAUGAGGGCGAUGCUAUGGUGGCGGGAGGGGUGUCGCAGACGCCCUCUUACCUCAGCUGCAAGAGUGAGAAUGACGUCAAGGCCAUCUUCAAGAAGCAAAUAGACGUCUUUAUCAAGAAGGAUGUGGACUUCUUGAUUGCUGAGUACUUUGAGCACGUGGAGGAGGCCGAGUGGGCGAUUCAGGUUCUGAAGACCACCGGAAAGCCUGUGGCUGCAACUUUGUGUAUCGGACCAGAGGGAGACCUGAACGGGGUCACCCCCGGAGACUGUGCUGUCAAACUUGUCAAAGCUGGGGCACAGAUUGUGGGCAUUAACUGCCACUUUGACCCAGAAACCUGUUUGAAGACUGUGAAGAUGAUGAAGGAGGGAGUGGAGAAGGCCGGCCUGAAGGCUCAUUACAUGUGUCAGCCGCUGGCCUUCCAUACACCUGACUGCAACCGCCAGGGAUUCAUCGACCUGCCCGAGUUCCCGUUUGCUUUGGAGCCCAGGAUCCUGAGCAGAUGGGACAUGCAGAAAUACGCCCGGGACGCAUACAACGCCGGCGUUCGCUACAUUGGCGGCUGCUGCGGAUUCGAACCAUACCACAUCCGCGCCGUGUGCGAGGAGCUGGCGGCAGAGAGGGGCUCCCUGCCGACCGGCUCUGAGAAGCAUGGCAGCUGGGGUAUUGGCUUGGAGAUGCACACCAAGCCUUGGGUCAGAGCUCGGGCUCGUCGUGACUACUGGGAGAAGCUGAAGCCCGCAUCUGGCCGUCCUUUCUGCCCCUCCAUGGCCACACCAGACGGCUGGGGCGUCACCAAAGGCGACAACGACCUGAUGCAGCAGAAGGAGGCGACCAGCCAGGAUCAGCUGAAGGCCCUCUUCCAAAAGGCAGAUCAAAGCCACUGAGCCCUUUAAGGUUUCUGAUUAAGACCAGAAACAAAGAGGGCCCCGUUCCCUCAACUUUACCUACCAAAAUAUAAAGAAUUACAUUUUUCCUUUGUCUUUCUUAGGACCAUUUUUACUGUAUCAAAGGUGUCAAAUGCCGACUAUAUUCCAAAGUACUUUCCAGACGUGCGUCUCAGCUGAAUCAUCAUAUCUCUAAAGCUUGUCAGAUUACUGUAUCUACUGUGAAUGCAAACAAUUAAUGCCUUAACACUCCAAAAGUGCCUUGUCUAUGAAACCGUAAAGGACAAAAUAAAAUUUACUUAACAUC